AAAUUGUCACUCGUCUUCUGCCGCGGUGCUGAAAUCCUCCGUUUUCACUUCAUCGGACGAUCCUCUUAGCCGCCUGAAUGGCCGCUAAGCCUUCUCCGGCCACCAUCACCGCUUCAAGGUCGAAGCUUUCUUCAUUUUUCGUCGCAUCCUUCCCUCCCAUCAUAAACCCUAACGAAACCUCCACAUCAAAACCCCGCACCCAAAGCAAAUCUCUCCCAGGAAGGAAGUUCUUCAUGUCCGGCGCCGUCUCUCCCGAGGAAGCCGCCGUCUUGUUCGACCGCAUGAUAGGUAUCCAACCCCCGCCCCGUUCAUCAUCGUUCAACCCGCUGUUGGCUUCGCUCGCUAGGAAUAGGCAUUUCUCUGUUGCAAUUUCGCUUGCCCAGAAGCUGAGCACUUCCGGGUUGUUGCUCAGUUAUGUCGGACUGCACAUUCUGUUGAACUGCCUCUGUUGUUCUGGUCAGACCCAGGAUGGUUUUGCGGUCCUGGGAUCGAUUCUUCGCCGGGGAUACAGGGCGAACACUGUGACAUGUACGUCUCUGAUUAAGGGACUGUGUUAUGAGGAUAGAAUUGGAGAGGCGGUUGAUUUGUUUAAAAAGAUGGUUCGCUUCGGGUGCAGGCCGAAUGUUGUCACGUAUGGGACUUUGAUCAACGGGCUAUGCAGGACCGGGAAUACGAAUAUAGCUCUUAGGUUACAUGAGGAAAUGGUUAGUGCUACUGAUGGUGAUGGCAGGUUCCUCUGUCCGCCCAAUAUAGUCUGCUAUGGUGCGAUGAUCGACGGGCUGUGCAAAGAGGGGCUAAUCGAUAGGGCACAGGAGCUCUUCUCGGAGAUGAAGGGUAAUGGGAUCUCGCCAGAUGUGAUUGCUUAUAGUUCGUUGAUUCACGGGCUGUGCAAGAUGGGGAACAUGGACCAGGGCAAGGCUUUGUUUGAUGAGAUGGUGGAUCAGGGAGUGCCACCUAAUGCCGUGACCUACAAUAUUCUGAUCGAUGUUCAGUGCAGGGAAGGGAAGAUGAAGGAAACGGAGGAAAUUCUCGAGGUGAUGAUUCAAAGGGGAGUAGACCCUGAUUUGUUUACCUACAACACGAUGAUGGACGGAUUUGUUCGUGCAGGUCAGAUCUGUAAGGCCAGAAAGCUUUUGGAUGACAUGGUUGAGAAGAGGUUCGAGCUCGAUGCAGUGAGUUACAACGUGUUGAUUAACGGGUAUUGCAAAAGUGGGAGGAUCGAAGAAGCUUUGGACUUGUUCAAGAAAAUGGUAAGAGAGGGGGUUAAACCCACAAUCAUCUCGUAUAACACCCUAUUAACUGGGCUUUUCCAGAAGGGUUUGGUGAAAGAUGCAAAGGAAAUGUUCGGAGAAAUGGCCAUCCGUGGUACUAACCCAAAUAGGACCACGUACAACAUCUUGUUUGAUGGGCUCUGCAAGAAUGAUCAUCUCUCAGAAGCUACGGAGAUGUUCCAUUCACGGGAUCGCAAGAUUAAACCGACUUUGAAGAUGUUCAAUAGCCUUAUUGAUGGGCAGUGUAAAGCUGGGAAUCUCGAAUCUGCAUGGGAGAUCUUUCACCAAUUGCCCGACAAUGGUCUAGUCCCAUCUGUUGUGACGUACUCAAUCAUGAUCAAUGGGCUCUGCAAGAAAGGGCUGCUAGAAGAGGCUGAGCGGUUCCUGACGGUGAUGGAAGCAGAGGGCUGUGCUCCGAAUGUGGUGACUUUUAACACACUGAUGCUUGCUUUUUGUCAGAACAAUGAGCCCAUGAAAGUGGUUCAGCUUCUGCGGAAAAUGGCAAAGAAUAAUGUCUCACCUGACAUUUUGACUGCAUCAACAGUCUUUAAACUGCUCUCAGAGGACGAGAAUUAUCACGACUACUUCGAUUUGCUCCCAGCAUUUCCUGCUCAACAUAGCAAGUCAUGAGAAAGAAAGCAAUGAUCUGUCCAUAGGGACGUGUAGUGCGAAGUUAUUCUGUUAGGACGAGUAUCAUUCUUGGUUUGAGAUUGGGAUAUGUUCUAAAGUUCACCUGAGGAAUGACCAAAAUUUUGUAUCUGCAUCGAGUGCAUCCUUUCGCCUGUUCGCAACAGCAGUGGCAGAAACCAUUUCUUCAGAUCAGUCUGCAUUGCUUGCUGGAGCUCAAAAUUUGGGUGCAACGGAAUUUGCUGCUAUAACAUGCCGGUUUUAUUGGCCUAGCUCAACCCCAAGCCACAUCAUUCUCAUACACUGGAGUGGAAGUUUCUCUCAGAGGGGCAGCCCGCCGACAUUACCAAAAGUAUCCGAGCAACGAGCUCGAGCGAACCCCGACCCCGUUGCUUUUGGGACCAUGAACCCUGUUUUCUGACGAGUGGGGUCAAAGUACGUUGAGCUGGAUAACGAGUGACAAAUUCACGAGCCAUGGAUGAUGAGCUUUGCUAGAACAACAUGAUCGAUGGCCAUGCGAAGCUCCUCAUAGGUGUCUUGGACCGUUAAGCCUAGAUGGCUCAAUCUUUAUUGCACUAGAGCUGAAGAUCCCCUUCCCUUACCCCUUGAACCUUUUGAUGGGUCGGAAAAGGGCCAUGGUGGGGUUGCGUGGGCCAACCAUCAGGCGACUGUUGUCCCAACCACGAGAGACGGGGGAAGAGAGCCAAAGAAAGAGCGAGACACAGAAACUGGGGUGGAAAAGGUUAGACAUUGCAGGCUAUAUCGAGUUCAUGGAGGCAUUAGUGGUUUCGCCAUGAAGGCCCAGAUGGCAUUCAUUCUGUACGAAAUGUACUAAUCUUCUACAUUGGACCA